UGUCCUCACUCCACACUCAGUCACAGCCAUGAGUGGAGGCAGCGCUGCUCAAACUCAGGGUCACCUACCCCACCAUGCACCCACCUUACCCUGAACCCCACCACCAGCAUGUGGGACCCCAACAUGUCCAACGUGGUGAAGGAGAGGGGCAGGGGGAACCUGACCGGGGGAGAGGAGCGUGGCUCUGUGUCCGUGGCUUACCCCCUGUCCAUGAUGAUCACCGGCCUGCUGGGCAAUGCCCUGGCCAUGCUCCUCAUCUACACCUCCUAUGGCAAGAAGGGCAGUAAAAGGAAACACUCCUUCCUCCUGUGCAUCGGAUCCCUGGCCCUCACUGACUUCGUCGGACAGCUUCUCACCAGCCCCAUCGUGAUCUCGGUCUACCUGUCCAACAGGCAGUGGGCUAGGGUGGACCCCUCUGGACACCUGUGUGCCUUCUUUGGACUCGCCAUGACCAUGUUUGGACUGUGCCCCCUCUUCAUUGCCAGUGCCAUGGCCAUUGAGAGGACCCUGGCCAUCCAGAGCCCCCACUGGUAUUCCAACAACAUGAAGACUCGAGUCACCAGGCUGGUGUUACUUUGUAUCUGGGGUGGGGGGUUCCUCUUUGCCUUGUUGCCCAUACUUGGGAUGGGACAGUAUACUCUGCAGUGGCCUGGGACCUGGUGCUUCAUCAGCACGAACCAUUCCUCCCCUGGAAAUGUAUUCUUCGCCUCCUCAUUUGCUUCAUUGGGGCUCCUGUCCUUAAGUGUCACUUUCACCUGUAAUUUGGCCACUAUAAGGGCUCUGGUGAUCAGGUGCAAGAAUCGCAACGUUGCCUCUAAGACCAGCAAGCAGUGGGGGAGGAUAACCACAGAGACCCUCAUUCAACUCCUGGGAAUAAUGUGUGUUCUGUUUACCUGCUGGUCUCCUCUGCUGGUGAUAAUGCUAAAAAUGAUUUCCAAUCACACCUCGAUUGAACGUUGCGGAAUGUCCGUGCAGGGUUCGGAGACACAGAAAGACUGCAGUUUUUUCUUGACUGCGAUAAGGCUGGCAUCGCUAAACCAAAUACUCGACCCUUGGGUCUACCUGUUACUUAGACAAAUUCUCCUCCGGAAGGUUCGUCAGGUUGCAAGUGCUGUGUCAAAUUGCUCUAACGACAGAAUGAAAGAAACUCCAAUGAUCUUAACAACAGAAGUAAAGCCGGAUGGGUGACCUUAACACGUGGAUUUACUUUUGACAAAGCUUCAAAAACGAACUAUUACUUACAUUGACAGCAUGCAGUAUUCAAUAAAAGCUUUUUGUUUCUCUGUGUGAAACCUAAUUAAAUCAGAAAAAUUGAUAACUACAUCCUUCCCCCAGGAAAACAUUUUAACAAAUAAGUAUUAAAGAAAACUACAAUGUAGAUAUUUAAUUUCAAAUAGAUAUUCUAAGCAACAUAACCAUUACAGAUUACUGUAGUAGUUAUGACUCUGGUUCUUUGGGUGACGUCCUUCUCAUUUUCUGUUGAAAUAUUUUUUGCCUGCCUGUUUCUGUCUAUGCCUGUGCGUGUCUUUGUCUAUGCCUGUCUAUGUUUGUCUAUGUUUAUGUCUGCCUGUGUGUAUCUGUCUGUGUUCAUGUGUGUGUGCCUGUCUGUGCCUUUGUCUGUGUUUGUUUUCCAAUUAUUAUUAUUGUUGGGCUCAAGUUUUGUGUGUCUCUUCAUCCUAGCAAUGACCCUGCUUCAAACUACUAUAAAACAGUUUGACAAGAAAUGGAAAGGACAGUACCCAAUAGCUCUUGCACCAUAAUCACAACAUUAAGUUAUAGUGGUUCUGUCCUUAUAGCAUCCCUUUAACCUGCAUAUUUGUAAUUUAAAGAACUGUUUACUCGCAGAGAAAUGUUUAUUAUAUCAUGCCUUCUGAUUUAAUUAAUGAUUACAUUUCUGGUCUAACAAUGGUUAACAAAAGUGCAUUUUCUCAGGUCUGAAUGAAGCCAAAUUGUUUGAAGUCACCAAGUCCUGGGACGGUCAGAUAACGGGCAAAGACUGUAGUUAGAUUCCUAUGCCAGGGACCAUAUAUAUAUAAAAGGCCCUGGUGUUCUACCUUGAUGGGUAGCAGAGCUGCUGUCCCCUUGGUUAUAUCCCAGGUCUAGUAGUAGGCUCUUCUUUUCACUGACCUAGAGCCCAUGCCUCCACAGAUGGGUCUGUUGCAUUUCUGCCAGCCUGGUUGCGUAAUGAGGCUAAGCAUGAUGGCUAUAGUGAAAGUCGAAGGCCUCAUCAAAGUCACUAGUGUUCUCGUGCUUGCGUAUAUAGGGAACUAUUCACAGAAUUCUGGAGAACUAGCAAAGUAAUUUACAACCAAACAAACAAAGGACAAUAAGCCAAGCUGGUAAAAAAAAAAAAAAAUCUAACAUUUUUAAAAUGUAACAAUUUUGACCCAAAAUGUACAAUUUCUCCCCAAUUCAUAGUUUAGUGAAUAAAACCCAAGGGUCCUUGGAUGUCAUAGUUUGCAUUCAGAAGGAGCAACAAUACCUCCCUCUAGCCUACUAACAUCGUUACUGGGCAAGCUCCACUAGAAUUUAAAGUAUACCCCUUUGCUGCUUGCAUGCCCAAACAAUGGAGGUUAAACUCUGCAAAUACUUAAUGUGAAAGAGCCCUGGAGGUUCGCAUUUCAGCUAUAAAAUUACUGUAUAAAAUGCUGCUAACUGGAUAAUGAGACUUAUCCUCUGUGCCAAAUGUCUAUCUUUUAUAAGUGUAUGUGCACAAACAUGCAUAUACUUAUGUACAUAUAUAUAUAUUUGAGAAAAGAGCUAUUGAUUACAUAUACAGUAAAGUCUGUACACUACAGAGAAGAUUGUUUAAAGGAAUAUUAUACUUGUGAUUUAGCUCAUUGAUUUUUUUGACAGCAUGUUGCACUGGCACCAAAUUCCAAUCAUCAAUAAAGAAUGCAAAAUGUAGCAUAAUGAAUGACUGUACUGCAUGGCAACACUUGUACAAUCAGUGUAUGGAGCAAAAUCAAAGCAGAUUGUCAAACUGGAAUGCAAAACAUUUGCCAUUGAUUAAAGUUUUAUGGAAUGGUUCUAGCAGUUUA